UAUAGGAAAAGAAAACAAUCACGCGAUCUAGCAGCCAUCCUCAGAUUCUCUUUCCUACCUUAAAACCAUAAACUCUCUUUGUCUCUCUGUUUCUACUUUCACUUUGCAUUUUUCUUGAUUCCUUCCUUCACGACCUCAAUCUCUAGUUUUUAGCUAACAAUGAUGACAAGAUCCUGAAUUUUGAGAAAAUGUGAGUGUAAUCUUCAUCUCUGAGCCUGAAUAUUUUUCAAUUGUUGUUUUGCCUUGAAGGAGUGCCUACAGGAGUGUUUGUAAUAAAUGGCUUUGGUGACAACUGCUGAAGUCUGUGAUGCAAAUCCACAGCUAAUUGUGAGCGGUGAACUUCGAGCCCUUCAACCAAUAUUCCAAAUAUAUGGUCGUCGCCCAGUAUUCUCCGGACCUAUAGUCACACUUAAAGUGUUUGAGGACAAUGUAUUGAUCCGAGAGUUCCUUGAGGAGAAAGGUAACGGCAGAGUUCUGGUUGUAGAUGGGGGUGGUAGUUUAAGGUGUGCCAUACUUGGAGGCAACCCUGUAGUUCAAGCUCAAAACAAUGGGUGGGCUGGAAUAGUGGUUAAUGGCUGCGUAAGGGAUGUUGAUGAGAUAAACGGUUGUGACAUUGGGGUGAGAGCGCUUCAUUCUCAUCCAAUGAAGGCCAAUAAGAAGGGAAUUGGGGAGAAACAUGUCCCUUUAACCAUUGCCGGGACUAGAAUCUGUGAUGGGGAGUGGCUUUAUGCAGACACUGAUGGUAUCCUCGUCUCCAAAACCGAGUUAUCUGUUUGAGUUCCCUUUUCUACCUAAAGACUAAAAUCUGCAGGAUGCAUGGUAAGUUACGUAUGCGUUUCAGUCAUUCCGUGCCUGAGUUGAGAUUUUGAACUUUGGACAUAAUGUGAUGUACUCUAUUAAUGUGUGACGAUGAAUGUAUGCUGCUGAUCUCUUUGUCAUAUUAGAGUAAUGUUAUUUUGGUGUCUUUAUGAGAAGGAAAAGCUACAGUCUGUAAUAAUAUUUUUGGCAAAUGAGAAUGGUUAAUAAUUUGUUUC